AGAGUGCAUAUAUUAUACCGAUCCGCUAUAAACAUGUUCGGCUUCCGGUAAUCAAUAUCAUCGCAUUUUCAUGAAAACUGACAAGUGUAUACAGACAUUUACACUUUUUGAAAUGAUUUAUAACGUGUGAAGUUAUUUUUAUGUAUACAAAUUACUUUUGACUUCCUAGGGCAGCAGAAAUAAUGCGACUAAUCUCUUAAAAAUCUACGAUCGUACCCCACCCACCAGAUUUUGCAUGGUAUCGAAUGUAAACAAAUAUUUUCAAAGACGAAAAUUGGAUUUAAAUUGUGUUAUAUAGUUAGAAUUGUGUGAAUAGUUAAUAGAAUACUUUUUUGACAUUUUAUCAUGUUAGAAUAUAGAAUUUAUCUUAUUAUUUGAUCCAAAGUUGAUCUACAUGAAAUCUCAAAAUUAGCAUACCAAACAAGGAUCUCUACAAACUGUCAAGAAUGGAGAAAUCACGAGGAAAGCGUGCCUUGAGGAUUAAGAUAAUAAGUAUGGGUAAUGCUGAAGUUGGAAAGAGUUGUAUUAUUAAGCGUUAUUGUGAGAAGAGAUUUGUACACAAGUACCUGGCCACCAUAGGAAUAGAUUAUGGUGUUUCUAAGGUGACAAUCAAGGAUAGAGAAGUGAAAGUAAACAUAUUUGAUAUGGCAGGUCAUCCUAUAUUUUAUGAGGUACGUAAUGAGUUUUAUAAAGAUACCCAAGGUGCUAUAGUUGUGUUUGAUGUGAGUGACAGAAGCAGUUUUGAGUCGUUAGAUCAUUGGUUAUUAGAGAUGCAGACGGAGAUGGGAAAUCAGACCGAACAUGAUAAUGUUGUUAUAUGUGUAUGUGCUAACAAGUGUGACCGGAAGAGACAGGUAGAUGAACAUGAGGCUAGAAUCUGGGCUGAUAGUAAAGGUUUUCUUUAUUUUGAAACCUCGGCGCAAACAGGAGAAGGUGUGAAUGAAAUGUUCCAGGCAUUAUUUGAGGGUGUAGUGACGGCUGUAGAGAAUGGCGGGAAGAAAGCACCAUUCCAGACACAGCUUGGUUAUACAAAAGAUCAGAUUGAGGCCAUACAGAGGUUAAAAAAUGCCAAGGGAGAUUAUGAAAGACUUGGCUUAACCAGUGGUGCAUCAAAAGAUGAGGUCAAUAAAGCCUACAGAAGACUUGCCGUAUUAUUACACCCGGACAAAAACGUUGCUCCUGGUAGUGAAGAAGCUUUUAAAAUCCUGGUAGCUGCACGGACAGCCUUGUUGAAGAGAUGUUCAUGAUGAUCGUACUCAAUAGAUUACACACAAUUAUAGAUUAUAAGAAUCUUACACCGUCUGCUGGUAUACUGGAAUAUCUAGCUCGGGGGUAACUGUUUAGGGCGGUUACAAGGCUCUGCCGAGUUUCCGCUAAACAGUUACCUUAGAGCUAGAUGUUCCUGUCUAUACUGAUGGCCAGUGUUUGAUUCUUUUUCUUGCAUGUCACAUAUCAAUUAUUUUCAGAAAGACAGGAUUUUCUAGCACAGGUGUAAACGGUAGAUAAUCCUGUCUGAUAUACAAGAAUACACUAAAUUUCUAUCUAUGGGCAUGCUUUAGAUGUUUAAUCUAUCCUAUUUUAACUCAAGCAUUCACUAGAAAUGUUACUGAUUAUUGGGGGUUGGCUGUUCAUUACUUAAGCAGUUGUAUCUGCAAAUAUAAUGUAUAAGUUUACAAUGUCAUCAGUCCAUCAAAUUAUACAGUGCUAGGCCUAACUGUGUUUAAUUUCAGUCGUUAUUUAUUAGGUUGUAAAUACUGUAUUUAUCUUCAAAUGGCAAAGUUAAAGUCACUAUUUUUGUACAUAAAUAACAAGGAGAUAAAUCAGUAUGUCAGUUUUAAGUGAUUGCAUAGACAAGCAAUGUAGAAACCAAGAUAUCAGUGAUUUUGUAUAUCAAGGAUAUGGUUUAAAACAAAAUUAUAUAGUAUAAAAUUAAGAGAUUAAUUUUAUUUUACCAGUAACUCCUUUAUCAAGGAUGUAAAUAUUGCCAUUUUUGUUGUUUGUUUUUUUGUUAAGUAACUGCUAUAUGUUUAAUGAUAGAUAAAUUCAAAAGCGAAAUGCUGUUUUUCAGGUGUAUUUUGUAGCUUUUUGUCUACCUCAUUUUUGCAUUGUAAUAGGUGGAUGAGUCUGCCAAUAGGAGGUGACAGCCUGUUCCAAGCCUUCACUGUAUGCUUUUGCUUUUACAGUGAUAUCUUUGUGAAAGAAGUGCCACCUUCUUGGCUGUGAUCUAGUACUGCUAUAAAUAAAGCUUUUGCUGUAAUUGUGCCUUUGAGAAAAUAAUUCAAGCUCUUGUAUCAAGCUAUGUAACCUUGAAUUUAUCGUAUGUGAUUAAUCCUAUGUGGUUACCACUUUCCCAACUAGCCAGUACUGAUGUUUGCAUACUAGUUAGGCAAUAUAAAAUAAAUUCCCAGAUUCUCAUCCCCACCCGCCCGGCAAAAAUUGCUCCGCCAGAACUAUUUUUAUUUAAAAAAGAAAGUCUUAAGUUUUAUCGUGAGGAUCGGUCAAUAUUAACAUUCCUAUAAUCAUCUUUAAUCUCCACAAUUGACUGGCUACUAAGCCCUUAUGAUUUCUAUAUAGCAAGUUACACACAAAUGACCUUAAGACUUGAUGUUUAAGAUCAGUUGUCAUAUAGAAUCUUUGCCUCGGCUGAAGGUCGAAUGGCGUCCACGGGAUUAUAAAUCCAAUGUCUAUGUUGAGCUAUGUCAAGAGUUUGUUUUAUAUCCACUGACAGAGUUAUAUUAAGACUUCCUCUAAUGCUUAUCUGUAAUGGACGGUUUUUAUGUAUGGCUAAAAAUAGCUUUUACGGGAAAUCUGAAUCGUAACGAAGGUGAAACAAAUACAGUAGCAAGCAAGAAAUAACAAAAGUAGAUCUGAACUUUAGUCAGAUUGAGAGUGGUUUGAAAAACUUACGGUAACUGUAUUAUGACAUUUUACUAACAGCAAAUUACUU